CUAAAAACCCUCAACUACGAAAUCCAAAAAAAAUUUCAAAUUAUAAAUCUGUUCAUUCUUCAAGUAAAGUAUUAAAAAAUAAUCAACAUUUUAAUGAAUUGUUAGUUCUCUAUAUUGAUCAUAAAGAAUAUCUUAAAAUACAAAUUAGAAAGAAAUACAGCUUUGUAUGUGAUCGAGAUUUUAGAUAUUUAGUUAAAAAUAAUAUCUGGAGAUUAAAAUACAUAGCUAGUAAACUCUAUGUAGUAAACAAAAAAUAUGAAAAAUUUCAAGAUUUGAUUAAAAAAAAAGUGCAAAAUGAUAAUGAUAAUAUAUCUUGGUCUCAAGAACUAAAUAAUAGAAAUACAUUAAAUUGUCAUUCAAUUAACUAUAGUGAUAAAGAUUUUGGUUUAAAACCUAGU